AUGGCGAGAAUUAGGCGCCAAACGCUGCUGUCGUUGAGACAAGAUGAGCUGCGGCAGCUGCUGUAUCGAGCAGCGCUCGCAUGCACUGACGCGUCCUACGUUCAGGAGAAUCCACUCGUAUUUCCCAGCCAGCGCCAGCGCACACUGCUCUUCAGAAUGGGGGCUGACAGGGGUCGUGUGGAAGCCGGCUUCAACAGCAGGCAGGAAUUGCAGCAGUUCUUCGACGAGACUCGAGAACACCUGAUACAAUUCAAAGCUGCUCACCGGCCAGGAACCGGCAUCGCACACGGUAUCAUCCGAGAGGUUCUUCGCACCUGGGCCCCACCGGGACACAAGCUCCAGACGCUACGCGAGCAACAUUAUGCAGUCCUUCUGGGCCCCUGCAACAUGACCAUUUGGGUCCUCCGCCAGCUGCUGGACGUGUACGGCGUGUCCGGCGCCUGCCUCCAGAGGAUCCGCGAGCAGUCAAGGGCAGAACGACUACUGGAACAUCUGCGCACGCUCCCAAACAACUCCCCCACCGAGGUGCUCGGGCGCCGACAGGCCGCGCGGAUUGCCGCCAGCCGCAACGAUCCCGCCGUGCGCGCGCGGAUUGCUGCUGCCCUCGACCGUCAGACGGCCGCCAUCACCGAGCUGGUCGAGUUCUUGAACUAG